CCAAUAUACAGGUAACAAUAACAAUAACAACAAUCCUUUCGUCAUGCCCCAGCUAUCACGAUGUGUACUCGUUGUGUACAAACACCUAAUCACUGCACGGACCCAACAUGGCAGAAGCAAACCCAGAUCCAGAGUACAAGUGUUUGAUGUGCAUGAAACCCUACAACGAACCAAGAGAGCUGCCCUGUGGUCAUACCUUCUGCUACCAGUGUCUGACGUCAUACAUCGACAAGGAACACGUCACGGCAGACGAAGACCGGCAUUACUUCCCCUGUCCUGUCUGUGACACGCCAAUAUCUCCUCGUGACGUCAGUUUGAACGUAAGAAACUGGGCGACAUCAUUUCCUAUCAAUAAUUUGUUCCUUUCCUCUACAGCCCAGAGGUCGAAUGACCGGGUCUGCGGGGCCUGUCUUAGGGACAAUGAAACCAGUGCUGGCGAGGCCUGGUGCGCGGAUUGUGCUGAGAUACUAUGUAAACAGUGCAGAGCUGUUCAUGGCCGAAUCAAGGUGACGGCAAAACAUCGACUUGUUCCAGUUGGAGAAAACGUUGGUGGGUUUUACGACAUGAUGGUUAAUGGGGUCUGUUCAAAUCACGACGAAAAACCAUUAGAAAUCUAUUGUCUAGACCACACUGCGAUGUGUUGCAGUGUUUGUGUAUCCUUGUCACACAGAAGUUGUAAUCAUGUAAAAUCUUUACGUGAUGUUAUAGAGAAAACGAUGACAGACCGAAGUUCACACGAGACAGAAUGGGAGGAUAUCACAGAUGAGUCCAAGAAGAUGUUAGAUGAAGAAGAUGCCGGAUUCACCUUCCUAGUUUCUAAAGAAAAGGCGGUGUCGGCCGAAAUGACGAACAGGAUACAGCAAGCGAAAGACAAGCUUGAUGACCUCAAUACAACAUUUCAGUCAGACCUCGCAGAAAAAUGUAACGAACACAGGAAACAAUUGUCCCCCCGACGGAAUCACGUUAACACAUUUCACAUCAAUGCUGAAAAUUCUAAUAUGUUAAUGACUCGUCUCGAGAAACAGUGUUCAGACAGAGAUCGGUUCAUCAUGAGGGAAAAGACAAAGAAUCAAAUAUCGGCCCAUUACCGUCGGUUGGAUCAAAACACCAAGAACCAGCCUAGUAGGUUUGAAAUCACCCUCAAAUUAGGAACAAUUAUUGACGAAAUCAUGAAAGUGACAUCCGCAGGGAAUGCUGACGUGACUUCGACAGAAUCAUCGAUAUCACAAAACGCGAAUGUGCGUAUACAAACAUUACUUGGAGCUUUGCUCUCCACGCCAUCAGUUACAACGUUUGCAAAUUCGACUUCGGCCUCCGACAUCGCUGGUUCCCUGCAACAUAUGACAGUCCAGUCUGCUCCAGUGACGGAACCGGUGGAUGUGUGGACCGGUUCAGUGUCUUGCGUACAUUCUUUAAACGCUAGUGCACUAGGAGGGUCAAAUAGUUGUUUAUUGAAUGGGGGCAUCUUUACUGACAACGGGGAGCUAUUGAUGACAGAUUGCAACAACAGCAGACUCCUCCUAUUUGAUGAUAUGUAUUCCUUCCAGAAAGAAUAUAUAUUUGAUAGUGGAAAACCUCAGUAGAUAUAGCACGUGGAAGUACUGCUGACGAGAUCUUUGUGGCUUUCCAAGAUGACGAUAUUGUGAGGUGUACACUACGGGAUGGUCAACUGUCCGUGAUCAACACGAUCCGCGGUCCACUUCAGACCUGCGGCAUUGCAGUUAUAGCGGACAGCAUCCUGGUCGCUACAGCUGAUAGUGUGAAGGACAUG